ACAGCAAAACAUCCGCUUUCGUUUUCCAAAUACAAAUAAAAACAUUCUAAAUUAAAUCAUGAUUCAUAUAUCAAAAAUUAAUAGUAUAGUAACAUAAAUCAUAUAUAUUACAUUGCGAAGUAAUGGUUGCAUAAUGAUGAUCAUGGCUUCUAACAAGAAGAAGCAUUCCGUUCUUUUUGUUUGCUUUGGUAAUUGAAAUGACUUCGACUUCUGUAACUGUUACUAUUACUAUUACUAUUACUAGUUAACUAGUUACUACUACUUACUACUACUACUUUUAACUACCAUACUAUGAGACUACUUUAUUAACUUUAACUAAUUAACUUUUAUUUAAUUUUAUUAUUAAUAUUAUUAUAUUUAUAGUAACUUAAACUUUAAGUAACUUACUUCUUAACUGAUAAGUAAAAUAGUUAACAGUUGCUUAUAACUUAGUUAAGUUAUUUAUUAGACUUUAGAGGCUUAGGUCUUAGUCUCACUCUUCUUAGUCUAAAGGACAGGACUACUCCUCCAGCGUAUAAAAAUAUAAAUGAUUUAGAUAAUUUAGUAUAAUUUACUUCAAAACACUAACAGACUAACAAAAUCUAAGUUUUAAUUUUAAGUAAGUAAAAUUGAAACUAAACAAACUAACUACAAGUUAACAAGAAUUUUAGUUUCAGGUAUCUAGUAUUAUCUAGUGUCUUCAUUUUGAUAAUUUUUCUUAAUGUUAUGGAGGCUAUGACCAUGGCUUAGAACUGGUAGACCAGGCAUUAUUUAAUACCCAUUUUUAAGUGUCUUGGCAUGGCAUAAAAUGAUAAAAGUCGAAACGUCUUCAUUAAUUAUGUUCAAAUUUGAAUGAUAUCUCUUUGCUGUUAGAAAAGUCGGUAAAUUUCACUAAAAUCACCUUCCACCAAAUACAAUGAUAAGAGUGCAAUCAACCAGAAUUUCACAGUGGGGAAUAUGAUUAAAAAUUUCAUAUUGAAGGCAAAACACUUGGUACCCAUAAAAUUUGUUUAAAAAUCAUUUUUGCUCAAUAAGCCCUACAACAACAACUGCAUUAAUAAUAACAAUAUGUUUUUAACUUAAUCCAUGACCUCUAUCAAAAGAAAAUUCUCGAAUCGCUCUACCUUUAAAAAAAUGGUAGGUAAGAGAUUAAGGGAACGAAGAGAGGAAAAGUAAUUCAGCUGAAAUUGGUCGUAACAAGGAUGGGGCAGAGACAAGGUUUAAUAGGUGAAUGAGACCAUGACAGUGCCACCAUUUACCUACAUGAAGAUCGCAUUCUCUCUAAGACCUCUGAUAAUCACUUAUCUUAUGACCUCAUAAGAACUAUUAUCCACUAACUCAACCGUGAAUUAUUUCGCUCUCUUUCUACCAACUAAAAGAAAAAAUGUGACAUUCUUUAAGGCCACCAACAGCUUAACACCUCAUCAAACAUUCACCGGUAACAACUCAGUCGUAUGAAUCCCCCUUGACCUCCCACUCUCUGAUGACAAAAGGUCACUACCGGUACUCUCUAAGAUUCUUAUAUUUAUUCCACUCAAACCAUCCUGUGAUCACUACCAACUACUUUCGGAUCCCCACCAAUUCUUUUGUUACUUGAGACUUCAGUUUCACUAUGCUGGGAAAAAUACCACCCUCCGUGAUGAUGAGUUAUUCCCGCUCCAUAGAGAUGGCAGAAGAUGGUCUUAAUUAUGUAUAAAGUAUGUCCUAUUAAUGGCAUAACGAUGUCUUCCAAAUCAUGAUAAAUGACUUUGUUUUAUCCACAAGUGCAAGAAUGAUUGCAGACAACAACAUAUGCUACCCAUGUUCUUAUACUCACAGUUUCCUGGAUAUGCAAAUAAAUGCAAUGCUUUCAUUUAAUUAUGUCCAAUAUUAAUCUAAAAAGAUUUUAUGGAUCUAUUAACCUUAUUAAUUUAUUUCAAAGUAAAGAAUCCAUAAUUGUUUUUUUUUUUUACUUCUGCAAGUUUGAAUAUUCAAAUAGUGAUAACAAUAAAUAUAUCUGAUGGUAUGUAAAUUUAGAAUUAACACAGUCAUUACAAAUAUUUCAAAGUGUGUGGUUAAAUUUUUCAUAAAAAUUGGCACUUUGAUCUCAUUUAAUCAUUUUACCCCUGUGUUUUUUAAAAUAAAUUUUAUCAUUUAAGGUAACACUUGUAGAUCAACAAUGGCAGAGGGGAUAUUUCAACAUCUUGUGAAACAGAGAGGGAUUUCAGAUAAGGUGCAAGAAAUAGGGUUUCAAUUUGUAGAAUAAAAUCAUGAAGUAUUUAUUAUUUGAUGUUAGGAAAUGAAAAUGUUUCAUUUCCUGGUCUCCUACUAGCUAAAAAUGUUUCACCAAGAAUUUCUUUGUUUCAUCAAUGCUUCAGAGUUUUGAAAUAACAUUUAUUUAACUAAGACUGUUGAAAACAUACAUCUGGAUUUGUAUGUAAAAGUAAAAGAGAACAAAUAUCUUAAAUAGAUUUUGGGAAAUUAUAAUUUAGUUAAUCAUAAACUGAAUUGACUGAUGUCCUCUUACUGUUAAAUGUGUAUUUAUAAAAAGAAAAAACCUGCAGCCAAACCUAUUAUUGGGUUUGUGGAUGGCUAUCUGUACUUAUUGUGACUUUCUUCCUAUUCUAGGAAUGGAUGUUGUUAAUUCUUUCCUCCUUACAUUUUCCUUUUAAAAGGUACUUUUAAGCUGAUGUCCUUAGUUACCAUGUUGCUAUGUAAAAAUUGCUUCCAAGGCCCCAAAUAAUAAAAAGAAAUAGUCGCAUUUAAUUUAAGAAUCUGUAAAAAAAAUCAAUAUUUCAAUAUCUGGGACUCCAUUAGUGUUUUAUGCUGAUAUUGCUGAAAGUCUCUAAGGCAGAAGUUAUGUACAGUAUUUAUUUUCUUCAAAUUUAGCUUUAACAAUUUUUCUUUGCAUUAUUACCAGUGGAUCAUAGACAGUGCUGGUAUUGGGAGCUGGUUCAUCAAUUGCCCACCUAAUGAAAGGACCAUGAGAGUACUUGAGAAGAAUGGUAUCAGUGACUAUAAGCAUUUGGGAAGACAGGUAAAAAUAUCUUUAUUUCAGCACAUAUAAACCAUUCCCACUGGACAAAAGAUUUAAUGCAAGUGCCGUAUUUGAUAUUUUUAGUUCCACAAUUUAUUUUCAAUUUGUUAAUAAAAUACAUAAUAAAUUAUGCAUUUUUACGUUUUUUCUUGCUGAAAAAUAACAAUAAAUAAGUACCGUACGUUAUUCUUUCAUGAAGCUUUAUUCAACUCAUAUACAUAUUACUUAUUAUCAUUCCAAAAACUCACACACAGUUUUAUCCCAUACCCACAACAUAGUGAGUGAUAAUCAUAAAGCAUCUAAAGUGUAGCUUUUAUAGUUUGAAACAUCAUGUUGUUAAUGUAAAAUUUAAAUUUUCAGAUAACAGAAGAAGAUUUUAGAAAAUUUGAGUUUAUAUUUGGGAUGGAUCAUGGAAACGUAGAGUAAGUCAUCUCAUUUUAAUAAAAGAACCAAUGAUCAUAAGUAUGGAGUAUGGUAGAAAAGUUGUUGCUUUUUCUGUUGACUUUUCUUUACCAACUAAUUAAUGGGACAGGUGCUGUUGUGUAUCUAUAUUCUCUUACGAUGUUAAAGUAACAGAAAUAUCUACAUUAGUUUAUCUCUGCCUGUUCUCAUCUUAAUUUUAACUCUUUGCUAAAUUUUUUUAUUAAUAAUACUUUAGAGAUCUGAAGCAACUUGCUCCACCCAAUAGCACAGCCAUGAUUUCUUUGUUAGGAGAAUGGGAUCCACAAAAAGAACUAGUCAUAAGGGAUCCUUAUUUUGAGCCUGUAAGUAUGAGGAAAAUAUAGUUUUGUUUAAAUAUUUUUAUUUGGUGUGGUAUGGGGCCAGGAGGAGGGUAAAAAAUCAAUUUCAUUUCAUCAAUGUUACAAUUUUGUGUGGUAGAACAAUGUAACAUGUGAAAUCUUUUGCCUUAUCAUCUGAAAAAUUGCUUAAUAUGCUGCUGCUCAUAGCUUUCUCAUUUAAAAUUAUUUAGUUGUAAAUAUUUAAAUGCAGUGUUAAGAGAGGGGAGAGGGUUAAAUGUUGUUUGGAUCAGGAGAUUUUACACAAAGAUAUGUACAGGGAGUUAGGAAGUGUUUUGACCAAUUUUUAAGUAAUUUAAGUAAUACAUGAUUGGCCAUCAUACAUGUAACCAAUUUUGACAAAAUAAUAGGCAUUACAUUUAUUGACUAAUUAUUUUUGAAUAUUUGUUUUUAACUGCAGGUAAACUCUUACAUAACCAUGAAAAAUAAAUAUUUUGGUUUUUUUUAUUCACAGAGUAGUAACAAUCAUGUUUUUGAUAAAGUGUAUGCCCAGUGCCUAAGAUGCUGUAAAAAAAUUUUAGAGUGUGUCUCUUGAUCAUUUAAGUGUUAAAUGGUUUCUUUUUUUUUUAAUUGAAACCAAUAUUAUUCUUAUUAUUGCGCACCACCAUAGAAACAAUAAUUAGAUUCUAAAUGUGACAGAAUAUAAUUUGCUCACAUAUGAAUAAUAUAAAGCUAUUUAAAUUAAGUGAUUUUUAUGUUUGUCUUAAUCUUACUCAUAAUGUUUGCACAUUUUAAAUAUGAAUUCCUAGAGCAAAAAAGUAAAAGAAAAAACUUUAACUUUUCUUUUUGCCUAUUAGUUGUAAUGUAAAGAGCCCUUAAUUUGUUAACAUAUUGCAUUGGUUAGGUUGCAUAGGGUUGUGCACAUUAUUUAUCAUUUAGUUGAAAGGAACUGUUUGCAAUGGCAUUAAUUAGUGUAUUUCUUUAAAGUAAAAAAACUGUUUUAAAUUACUCUCUCACUUUUGAUUCAUUCUGUCAGAUGUGGUAUCUGCAAUUUGUAUUUAUUUUCAUUUUUAGUUUGACUGAAUAUAGUGUAUAAACAUAAUAAUUAUGAAUAUCACUUUGUUUUUUUUUCUUAAAUAUAUCAACAAAAAUUUGUUUUAAUUAAUCAUUUUAUAAUGUAUAUAUCCCCUUUGGUGGCCAAAAAAAACAAUGUAUGAUUAGUAAUUAAAAUAAGCAAUUGGCAAUCAAUGUAUAUUUAUUUCCUUUCUCAUUCUCACCAAAAAAUGAACAUUUUUAAAGAAGGAAACUACUGAUAAUAAAGUAUUGUUUACCAUCUAUUACUAAUUUACUUAUAACUUAUUAUAAUUGUAGUAUUAUUAAAAAUCAUAUGAUGGAUUUUUACUACCGAAUUAAAACAUGCAUUAAUUUUUAAUUGGUUUUAAAGUUACAGUUUAAACGUAAAUAAGUUAACCAAAUACAAGAAGACAACCAAGAAGUGUUAUAACGGUUCACAGGAUGACUGUUACUGUCAUGCUCCACACAUUGUGUCGAGAGUGAGUACGUUAUGAAUAGGGAUUCUCUGAGGCUAUGAUCACAAGGUAGGGGUACAAAUGUAGAUGGAUCACAGCCUUCACAGAGAUAUGUUUAGUGUGUCUUUGACUUGAGUGAAUGUGCCUAAACGUGGAAAGUGUGUAGUGCAAAGAUGGAAUACGAUAAUUAUGAUCUAAGAGGAAAUUAGCAUCUGGGAGGUGUGGUGGUGGGAAGUUUGUGAGGGGACACUCAGGUAUGUAACCUAGGCAAAAUCAGGAUCUUUCAUUGACCACUACCAGCAGUCCUCCAAUGAAAAUUUAUUCAUAUGUGUAGACUUAGACUUAUUUAAAACAUUAAAAGAAAAAGAAAAUAAAAGUAUACAGAAAACUGUAAUCAGACCAGUUGUAACAUAUGCAUUGCAAGUGAAACUUGGACCCUAACAACUACAGAAGAAAACCUAUUAAACACUUGGGAGAGAAAAGUUCUUUGGAAAAUAUAUGGACCAACAAAGGAUGACUAUAGAUGGAGAAUACAAACCAACCAGGAAUUGUAUAGUCUAUUUACAAUGAUCUGAAUUGAAAAUUAUUCUGAUUUUAAUAACAAGGUACAGUAUCUGAAUAUGUAGUCAGUACUGAUGUUAGCUCUUUUGUGUUGAUACCAGGAUACCACACUAGUAUCAGAAAUAAAAAGGGCUGGCUACUCUGGGUUGGACACUUAGAAAGAAUUCCAAAUGACAGGGGUUAAGAGGUUGACCCACCAAAACCCCAAAGGAAAACGCCUCUAAGGCAGACCUAGGCUUAGAUGUAUGGAUGAUUUGGAGGGGAAUCUACAGCAGCCGGGUAUACUAGCAUGGAAAAGAAAAGCACCAGUUAGGUCUGAAUGGAAGAAUGUGGUGAGGCAGACCAAAGUCCUACAUGGGCUGUAGCACCACAGGGAUGGAUGGAUUAUGUAGGCGUAGACCUAUGACAUUGUACGAGUUCAUGACAUGAAAUUUCUCUUAGAAGUGUAUAUACAGAGUUAGAAUGUAGAAGCUGUAUGGGGGAUUGUGUAAUUGGUGACUGAUAGAUAUCAUUUUGGUAAAAUUAUUAAGCAAUAUCCUGGAAGAGCCAUG